ACCACAAAUUAUUCUUUUAUAUGUAAAGCAGUAGAUAGCGAGAGAUGUCCAUUUUAAACAGUCUACACAGGUGAUAUUUCCAACUUGUUCUACUUACUAUAUAUUAAAAGAGCAAAGGAAAAGAACAAUCUUGAGACUUGCUGCUGCAGUGCACUGCAGAGUCUUCAUAGGCAGCUAAAUUCAGCUCAAAUUUCUCUGUAUCCAAAUCCCAAAGUUAUCUUUCUUUUUCAAUAAAAUUCAUGUCACCUCUGUCUAUAAAGUGAAACAAAACAGCCCCUCAUGUUUUUUCUCCUUACCCUUAAUGUCUUGAGUCUAGUGUCAGUAAUACUUUGUUCCUUUUAUAAUGGUGUCAAAUUCUUGAAAAGCUCAUAAAACACUACCAUAACUAUCUUCCCAAGUUCUCAUAUUUUGUUAGUUUCUUGAAAAAAGAAUAGUAAAAAAGACAUGAUUUUGUUUCUUGGUUUGGUAACUAUAAUGGUGUCAAAUUCUUGAUAAGCUUACAAGUUCUCAUAUCCCAAGUUCUUGAAUUUUUGUAGGUUGGGUUUUUACUCUACCAUAGUUGUCUUACCAAGUUCUCGUAUUUUGUAAGUUUCUUGAAAAAAAGAAGAGUAAAAAACACAUGAUUUUGAUUGGUUUUUAAGCAUUUUCAGUUAAUGUUUUUGUAAUUAUGAUGGUGUCAAAAUCUUUAAAAGCUCAUAUAAUUACCAAAACUGUCUUCCCAAGUUCUCAUAUUUUGUAAGUUUCUUAAAAAAAGAAGAGUAAAUUUACACAUGAUUUUGAUGGGUUUUUGACAGUUUUUAGUUCUUGUUUUGGUAAUUAUAGUGGUGGUCAAAAUCUUGAAAAGGUCAUAAAACUAACAUUACUGUCUUCCCAAGUUCUCAUAUUUUGUAAGUUUCUUAAAAAAGAAGAGUAAAAAAGCCAUGAUUUUGGUUGGUUUUUGACCAUUUUAGUUCUUGGUUUCAAUAUCUUGAAAAUGUCAUAUAACUAACAUAACUAUAUUCCCAAGUUCUUGAAAUUUGUAGCUUUCUUGAAAAUAGAAUUAUAGAAGAGUGAAAAAAGACAUGAUUUUGGUUGGUUUUUGACAUUGUUUAGUUCUUGAUUUUUUGGUAAAAUUAUGGGAGAAGAAGAGGGGUGGGGUUGGACACCUACACCAAGUGGAUCACCAAUGUACAUAACAAAAGAUGAUCAUUGGACUCAUUUUGAUAACUCUGUUAAUGCUGUUUCCUUUGGAUUUGUUGCCACUGCCAUUCUCAUCUCUAUGUUUCUUGUCAUGGCUAUUUUUGAGAGGUUUCUCAGACCCAACUCGCCGGCUUUGUCGCCGUCCGGUAGCCGGAAUCUUGGUGACAUUGAUUCCCAAAUUGGUUUCAAUGGAAAACUUGGUUAUCCAACACAAAAAGUAUCAACAAAUGCCCGAGAAGUAUCAGUGUUGAUGCCAGGGGAAGACAUCCCUACUUUUAUAGCUAAUCCUGCUCCUGUACCCUGUCCUCCCGAACGCGAUCCAUGGCCUCCCCAUCAACAGAAUUCCUUGCCCGGUUUCUUGAACUCCGACUCAAAUGCAUAGUCCUAGCUCAAUCUGAACUCCAACUCAAAUGCCAAAUUGAUGAAUCACAAAAUUAUUAGGAGUUCUUCGUGUGGCUUUUUUGUCCCUCCUCUUGGCUCCUUAAAUUAUGUACAUACCAUUUAAACAUUGAAUUCUUAGCUCAGCUCGUGGCCUCUAUCUUCAGAAUGGUUCGCCUGACUAAUAUGAAUGAAUAUUACGUUAUUAAUA